AUGGCCAUCUGCGCGCGUCCAGCCCUCGAUUCGCCCGCCAAGGUCAUCCGACGCGCUCCCUGUACACCGAUUGGCCUUGCAUGGCUUCGCCAUUCGCCCACAUUGCGGAGCAAGUGUAGCACCACCACCACCGCCGCCGCCGCCGCCGCCGCCGCCGCCACCGCCUCCAACGAGCGCAGACACGCGCGCGAAACGGCUUUUUCUACCGGAACAGCCAGCCGCCCGCCAAAAAGGGUGCUGUCGUUGGUGCCGUUGCUAUUACUGCUGAUAAUGUUGCUGAUCACUGUUACCGAAGCUGAUCGCACGCUGAGGUUCGGGCCUCCGCGAGGGAUUUUUGCGCGCGACGUAGGGCCUCGGACGGCCGCCAUUGGAAAAUGCCGGCCAAUAAUUUUAUGCGAACAGAAGUUGCCAUGCCGUGCCUGGUUGUAAACUUUUCUGGGAGGCAACGUAAACGCAUACUUCCCGAUUGUGAUUCGGGGUAAGUAGUGCUCGAGGCGUCUGGCAUUCUUGCUGUUAUGCCUGAAGGAAUAAGUCGCAAUAGGAAAAAAAAUAUUGUUUGCUCCAGGCAUAUGUCAAUCCCAUAAAACGUACUAUUUCAGCGCUGGCUUGGCCUUGUUGCAAUAAACUCAUGUUUAUUUUGUGACAAUGCAGUAGAGGCGCCAAACAUGUUUAGAACGCUUAUCUGCGAUUAAAGUUAGCACUAUGUUUUACCUGUUUCACGACAAUUUGGCCGAUUGCUGUGCAGUAUGAAAGCAUUCGUUUUUCAUACACGCUCUUUAGAGUAGAAGAUGAAUUUUUUAUCAUGUAAUAAUUAAUUAUUGAAUUCCCAUACGAUUCUGCAGCACAUCUGCACUGUAAUUAUUUCCGCUGUGCACAGGAUUUUGUAGAAAUUAUAGAAAGUUUAAAACCGUAAAAUUUUAUACUAGAUGCAUUUUUACUCAUUAUGAAAUUAGCCAUUUCUGGUGCAUUUUUAAGCCGAUCCUCAGACACCCUGUAUACAUUACAUUAAUGGGGAAUUGUCACUUCUUGACUUUGUAUGUCGUCCUGGCCUAGAGUAUACAAUUGUGUAGACAUGGUUCCCACAGAGAAAAUACAAUCAUGAUGGAUGAGUGGCACGCGUUGACCAGAAAGCUUGAAUGUGAGAAUUUUAGAUAAUCUUGGUACCGUAAAAUUGGACGCGAGAAAUGCAACUUUUUUGACUUCUAUUUAAAAUUUCUGCUACGACGGUCAUCGCCUUGUCGUUGCUUCUAGGCAUUCCAGAUCUUGUUUUGCCAAUAAUCGAUCUAGUCUAUUUAAAUGUUUUCAUUCAUCUGUUUGGUGAAUUCCCGUUGGAAUCACCUGCAGCACCUGGCUGAGUUAGAGUCGGAAAGUCAAGGCGAAAAGUAAAUUUUGUUCCCAAAAUUUAUGCUUUUUGGAAAUGCGCAAGUGAAGCGGUACAUACAAAGGAGUUGAAAAAUGAGAGAAAGAAAUAGACGACUCGUAUAGAGGAAAUCAGAGUAAAAAAGCUUAAGUAGUUAUAGAUUCAUACAGAUUUUAAUUGACAGUUCUGUUGUUUGUCCGACGUCAUUCAUGAAUAUUCAAGACUGCUGCAAGAGUUAAUUAACAUGCUACUUAGUCAUUUAUAUCGACAUGCUUAAAGUAAGUGCGUACAGAUUAAAAUUUUUGCAGUAGCUGGCGUUUGUUAUGAUUAAAAUGAAAAUUCACAUAUAUAUCGACUGAUUUACAACUCUAGCAUCACGAGGGGUAACUAUAAGUUCAGGCACUCUUUCCGCUGCUGUCCGAUGCAUCUCCUCAGUUUGUCUCCUAUUGUCCUCUUUGCAGUUUCUGGCAUAUACGAAAAGUGUAGAGCUAAUAAUUUCGAAAACUGCAAAAAAUGUUUAUAAAAUGCACGCCGGCUCCGCACGUUAAUUCGUAUCUCACGCAAACGACUUUUUCAUCUCAAAGUUAUUCCAAUAGGGACUAAUCAGUUUUACAGUCUUGACAGUGAUAGGUCUGCGGACAUUAGUCAGCUAAAAGGGUCAUGGGGAUCACAGGCAUGAUCUACAAUUAUGAACAGUGCAAAAUAAGAAAGUAGAACAUUAUUUAAUUUAUACUCGCAUCAGAAUGUAGCAGAUGAAUAUGUACAAAUUUUUCGGCGAUCAUCCGGGUAGUAUGCAUUUUCCUCAUCACUUAGUGGUAUUUCCUAGAAAAAUUGCAUGAAUGUUUCUUAGAUACUUCCAUUUACUAGGACACCCUAUUUUCUCAAACUUUUAUUUCCGAAAGGGUAUUCCAGGUUCCAUAAAAUUUGCCUGAAAUUCUGAAGACUAAUUGGCUUACCUAUACUUUCGAUAAAUUAUUGUAAGGCUACUUCAUAUGGGAACGGAGUCAAAUAAGGCGUCCCAGGAACCAGAGGAAUAAAAUGAAGUUCAUAUUGUGUAAUCAGACAAACUUUAGCCGAUUCAUUUGAUUUCAGACAGGUUUUACUCGAACGCGGUCCCAUAUUUAUUGAAAGCAAACAUAUACUCGCAAACUAACCUGUUGAAUUCUCUCAUGGAAAUAUCCACUUGAAAUUAUUAGAAGGCUUGAAUUGUUAUAAGGUCCGAACGGUUCCAAAGUAUAUGUCGCGUUCCUACUCUUAAACAAAUUCCUCAAGAAUUUCGCGCACCAGGAAUGCCUGUGGACGACUGUGCAUGUUGACCCCAGUCGUCGAUUCAUGUUUCGUUUGUAGGAUGUGUGGGGCUUAAAACUACUGCAAUAAGAGCAGGAUAAUUUAUAACAGUGAUAAAUUAAGACAGCUAUAAAAAGUCCAUAUAUGUUUUCUUAAGGAAUCAUGGAUGUCCCGAGCAUGUGACAUAAUUAUGAGCAGUGUAAUAUCCGAAAAUGUGAUAUGAUUUAGUUUGUAGGCACGUCAAAAUUCUCUGAAUGAUUGCAUGCUACUUAAAUAUCACGUCUAGGGCGGCACCUGUUUUUUCGUCAAUUUUCAGUGGUCCCUCUAAAUGUGAUGGUAUUUAUUAAAAGGCAUGCACAGAUAUUUAUUCCCGAUGCUCAAAUCAUAGGACGCCAAUGCUGAAAUUUUUAUCUGAAAGUGUGAAUUAUUUCAAGUUGCUAAAAGUUCGGUUUUAAGUUGUAGACAAGCCGCACUUUCAUAUUUUCCCACAGCUCCUCAAGCAAAUCCCUGUAGGCUUCUGCAACGGGGCUCAUAGGUUUCUUUUUCUGAAACUUUGACGGAAUUAGAAAUCACGAACAGACAUUAAUUUCGGACGACCACCUUAGAAGAUUCUUCAUCUUAAGAGAUUUUUCUGUGAAGGUUUGAAGAAUUUUAAGCUUAAAAAGUUUGCUUUAAAGUUUUUAAAAAGAUGACAAUUUCCCAAGGCCUCGUAAAAAGUUUCUGUAGACAUCUGUGUCUCGGAAGUUUGCAUACUGGUGUUUAUGAUUUUCUGAUAUAGAUAGUAACCACCUAGAAUCUAUUCUACACAGGCUUCACUAGUAAUCAUAUGGAUGUCUUAAAAACAUGAGAAGCGCAAACAUUUUGCAACUUAAAUUCAUACUUUUCGAAAAAUCGCAUUUUGAAAAAUGCGUAAUAUUCUUUAAAAUGAGCAUAGUGGCUCGCGUUUCCGUAUGCCUCUUAGGAAGUAGGACUGGAUGUGUACACGCGUUAAAAAUAAUUGAGUCGGUCGAUCUAUGGAAAAUUGUUUAACUGCUUAAGCGACCAUUUUUAAAAAUGCGAUAUAUACACAUGGCUGGAGUCUUUUUCAACCAAAAGCCCCCCUCUGCGAUCGUAGAUAAAGAUUUCCAGUAUUCUAACUCAGUUUGAAUAAUAUUUUUAUUUUGUGGCAUGCGGAUUGCACACGGUAAUAUACAGUGAGUGACCGAUCUCACGAAAUGUUGGCUGAAAUUCUGAAAUGCGUUUUCGAUUAGGAAGGAUUACUUGGCCACGAUUGUGAUACUCAUUAUCUAGCGGCAUAAUCUUAUAAUAUUUCUUAUUUUGUCCGAUGUCAGCUUUAGAAUACAUUGUUCUUUAAUCUCCUUUAGAAACCAUACUCGGCAAAAAAUUACUACUUAAGCAGCAUGCAUUUUCCCAUUGAUUUUCGAUGGUCUUGCAAAUUCAAAUUUAUCUUAUAGAAAUCAUGAACUUAAAUAUGUCCUUUUCAGUCACUUAAUAGAGAACCUCGUCUUCUUUAUAUCUUAUACUCAAGGAAGGAGUAUAAUUAGGGUUUUAAAAAAUUUUCUUAUUAUGAGAUUUUUUAAGACCUCGCAAUGUUCAUUCACAUAGCAUCGCACCUCGCCGUUUACCACUGCUCCUCAUGAAAUGUACAACAUGGUCCGCAUCCAUUGUAAAAUUUAAUGGACUCUGUAUGACAUAGAAAAAUAUGGGAUUUUUUUUACGCGGAACGCAUCCACCUUGUAGAGUGUAAUCACUUAGCGCUAAUGCAGCGAAUGAUCAGGCUCCAAAUUUUUCGGCAAAUAGAAAACUUUUUAAAACCUAAUUAUACUCCUUCCCUAAGUAUUAAAUAUAAAGAAGACGUAAUUCUCUAUUGAUUGACUAAAAGAAAUCAUAUAUUUGUUUGUGGUUUCUAUAAAAUAUAUUUGAAUUUCCGAGACCAUCGAAAAUCAAUGGGAAAAAUGCAUGCCACUUAAGUAGUCAUUUUUUACCGAGCAGGCUUUCUACAGGAGAUUGAAAAGAAGUGCAUUUAAAAGCCGACAUCCUGCCGAGUCUAAAACGGUAUAAGGUUAUGCCUUAAGAUAAUCAAUAUCACAACCGCGACCAAGUAAUCCUUAAUAGCCGAAUAGUGGUUGUAAAAAUUGCUCCGCUUUCCACUUCUUUCUAAAGCUACUUUUUGUACAAUCGAGCACUUAAUCAGGGAACACCACGGUUGCCCAAAGAAGAACGCAAUGCGAUUAAGGGGGUUUUUGUCUGUUAAGUAAUCCUUUUUAUUCGAAAACGGAUUUCGGAAUUUUGGUCAGCAUUUCAUGUGAUUAGUCACUGGCUGUACAUGCAUACACCUAUAAUUUUGAAUUAGUCAUUGUUGCCAUUUCCUUAUUUGGUUAAGAAAACUAAACAAUUCGCUCGCAUCAAACUGAAAACCAGGAAAUCGGUUGUGCUCGCGCAGACAGUAACCACAUGGCGUGCAGUUUUUAAACUCAUCUAGCGUCUGCAGAUACCUGUACCAUUUCAAGGGGGCGAUAUUUCGAGGGUCAACAAUUUUUCGAGCAGUUGCUUAGGUUUUGCUCAGCCUACAACAAGAAUUAGCAGGUUCGCGAACCAAAUCCUAUCACCCUACCUCAGUGGAGCCUAAUUAGUCUGCCCGUUCUGGGUGAUAGAAACAUUUUAAAGGAAAAUGUGACUUUCUCCGACUAACAAUAGAAAUCCCCGUUUGCGAACUUUGCAUUGGCAAACUUGCCGUAAUGGGCCUACUCCAUGAGGAGUUGAACAAAAUGCGGAGUUUUGAUUUUGCUUAGAAAGAAUUAUCUAGGUGAUUUACAGUCCAGCAAACAGCCAUAGUAAUCUUUUAUCCGCAAACGAACUGGGAAAGGUAUUUAAAAAUAGACAUCCGUUGCUCUGUCACACGCGGAGGCUAAUAAUCCUUUAAAAUAUCAAAAUUCUCAUUAAAUAGAGGUGUCAGAGUCUGUCGAUGGAUACUCACGUCGUAUCAGCAGAGGAAACCAGCAAUCGAUAUACCCUUAAAAGAUCGGAGCUUCUAGAGCUAGUGGGUCGGGAUCACAAAGUUGCUCUAAUCACUCAACUGCUUCCAGAGCUAAUUCUUGUACAGUCGACUGCUUUAUCAAUGAACACCUCAGCUAUCCAAAAAACGUUAUGCAGUUAAUGAGAUGUUUUUCUGCUGUAUUCGGUCUGAAAUAUUGAGAAAGUAUAGGGACGAAAAUCUAUCAAAACUGGUGACUUAACCGUAAUUGCGAACAAGUAUCUAACCUGAAACCUUUACAAUUUCUGAUUUUUUAAGUUCUUUGCCGCCCUUUACGGCCUAGGCUUUGAAUUAUAGUUUUUCUGAAAAAUGAAAACGUGAUUUAUAUGGACUUUAUAAGAAGCUUGACGAUAGUCGUAGUUAGUUAUCCUAAAAUAUUAUGUUUAUUUGCUUAUUUGGGACUCUUUGAAAAGAGGAACAAGAGAGGAAGGAACAUUUUUCUUAAAUUCAGUAAAUAUUGAACAACCAGUCGGUUUUACACAUUAUAAAGUCUGGAAGGUAAGGCUCCGCUUGUAUGUCUGUGUGGUUUUACUUCAUUAAGGAGAAACAUAACUUGUUUGAACACGAAAACAGGACAGAAACUCGAAGUUGCGUCAGCUUUCCUGUUGGAAAAAUAAUGCGUGUUUUGUUCUAGAAGGAAUAUAUCAGUAUAUUUCUUUCCUGUCAUUCAAACGAGCUGUUUCUACUUUCUUUCGUUCCAAGUGCUCAUUCAAAAAUAGUUGUCUACUUAAGUCGUCCAAGUACAGCAUUUUGCGCACUCGUUCUGGCCUUCUUAGGGCUGUUCGGGUUGAUGUAAGGCACUUUUAUUUGAGAAAAUCGUUACUUUUAAUUCAAUUUUAAAAUUAUUGGGUGUAUUAAUAAAGCAUAAAAUGUGGUGGAUGCGCAGCACUUGCAAGCGCCAAAUUCACUCGAACAAAAAAGGAUGAUGCGAUUUUACGACGUUGGUUACACCAGAUAUAAAGCUCUCCUUGGCGGAUAAAUAAAUGCAGUAAUAAGUAUUCGUAUAAAAGAGAACACCAACCAUGAGAUAAUCCUUGGUUUCGGGCCCCGGCCUGGGAGGCCUCCUGCUUCAUCCUGUUGGUAGGUACUAGUGGCUAAGGUGGAGUCGGAGAGCUUAGUAGGCAGCGGGUAGGUCUCUUCACCGGUCAACGGGAUUGAAGUCGGAUUUGCGGGUUUUAAUUAUUUGAUGGACUGCACUGCUGUGGAAGCCCCCAUAUCAAACCACAAGAUAAGUAAAGUCCAGGAAUCGGAUCCCGACUCGAGUAACCGGCAAUUUAGUCCACCCCGGUCUACACUGAAGUUCGAAAUCAUCUGGGUAAGAGGAAUGACCACUGAGGGGUGGACGGCUGGUCUCUAUGUGAGAGCCAUCUUUAUUGAUUGUCUUGUGUGGCUAUGCGUUUAAGUAGAGUCGAAGGCGAACAAUACACCUCGAAAAUCGGGUGUCCUUCGUCCUUGUAUGGACGCGGCGUCAGCAUAAUCACUUCUAACUAUAGUUCGUUUUAUGUGUGUGCAUUGCUUUCUGUAACCAAAACAAACGCUUUGUUUUCGUAAACUGUGAGGUCAUUUGCGAGACGGCAGUUUCAUCAUUUCGAGUGUUUGAGCAAGCUUCAGGAAGCCGUUUCAACAUCAAAACCCAAAGCGCUGGUGCAUUUAAAAGAACUAUUGAUUAGCGCUUCUCACUUUCGAACAGUUUUUGAAUGCUUCUACAGCUAAGUAUAACUAAAGGCGCGUACUUUUAUUUUUUAGAACUUCACAUAAUUCAAAAUGUCGAAAGGUGAGUUUUUUUGCGUUCACCUUUAUUUAAAAUUACAAAUUUACCGAAGUUACGCCUUUCUCUCGCAUUCCUACGCUAUUGACUUAAAAACUACUAGUUUUAUUGGAGUUAAAGGAGGUUCACUUUUUAACAAGAGUGCUUCAACCGGCUAGGAUUGUUAAUAAACACAUGCUUCUGAAAGACAUAUUCAACUAACCCUUUGUUUGGGCUCAUGCUGAAACUUUGGAUUGCAGACUUGGUUUCUAACGAAAAUUAGUAUGACAUUGACCACACCAUCAAAUAUACAUAAUGCUCACACGGAAGGGCGACGUGACUGCUCUAAAGUCCACUCAUUUCUUUAAGUCUGCGCUUGGAAGUUUAAAAAGGAAGACAGACUACUGAAUGCUUAAUCGUGAUCUAGAGCCUCUAGUCGGCUGCCAGUUAGGUUUCACCAAAUACCGAGGUACCGGUGACUACUCUCCAGCUACCAACAACACCUAAAACGUGAGAGCAAAUGCUGGAAACUACUAUCAGGUUCGUGUGAGUAUGUGUUCGAUGGGGAACUAGCUGCUGCCAGCGGCGUUUAAGUAGAAUAACCCACCAGGUUUCGUCCUACAUGCAAAUUAGGGAAAACGUUUGUCGGAUAGGGGAGGGAUUGUAUCAGCCGCCGGAAGUUCCACAGCAAUAAGGGCUAUCCCUCUCAAAUGAGUGGUGUAUCACCUGCACGCGGACAGUUUAUUGUGUCUCACCUAAGGCUAGGUUAGGCAUUCUCGACUGCUGGCGAGUCGUAGAACCCCGCUGGGUCACAGAUGGCGCCGGCCGGGACAGCCUUCAACCCGGUUUUUAUUCGCGUCUUAAUGGGAUAUACAACUCCUCUCCUACCCUAGCAACAGGCACCUAGUUCACUCCGGUUUAUUUCAUCGGUUCCGCAUGCGUAGGACUGACUUUAUGUAAGAAGUUGGAAUAUAUGCCAAGAAUAUCCGUUCGAAGCUUGAACUAUGUUCAUAACAGAAAUCAGAGGAGUAGGUGGCGAGCAUACGCAGGUUUCGAUAAAUUCUCGUCGGGCCAGUACAAUUAUAUGGAAACGGGGUAGAAAGCUAAGAAAUGCUACGAAAGCUACGUAUGUUCGCCACCUUGUCUUUUGACUAUGCUCAUAAGUUGCCUUCUUGACUAGUUACUCGGAAUUUUUGCCAAUUCGAAACGCGAAUGCAUUAUUUGGGUCCUCUACACGCCUCAGCAGACCAGCUAGAUCAAUAUUGAUGAGAGCUUGAUGAGGGUGACUGAAAGUGCUUAUUGGCGCCCGAUAAUAACCGAGUUACUUAAAGUGAUUUAACACAGUACUAAUUUUUGCAGCAUAAAACAAACUUUUUCUGCAGUCCUACAAAGGGGGUUCUGUCUACUAAUUUGGUAAUACCUUAAAGACAUUUUUAUUUAUAAGGAGACGACUAAAUCGUAUUUAGGGUGAUUCUUGCAUCAAAAAACCCUCAAUCUGCCUUCUAAAUUGAUAAUCAACGCCGCAGAAUUUCCACCUUUAACCCUAAGCCCCCUUGUCUGAUUAUGCAAUACUUAAGUGAGUCCAGAACUUAGUAACACUUGCCAUUACUCGUCUCAAGGCACAGACACUUAGAAGUUAUCCUUUUCUCCUUUAUUCUACAAUAUCUUUCACCAGAGCUCCCCACAGACGGAGUAGGUAUCGUCCGAGCUAACAAAGUUUCCAUAAAAUUUACAUCAACCAAAUGCACGAUAGUGCAAAUGAAAGCAAUUUCUUUCAAAGAAAUUUAACACUUUGAUCUGAUGUUUUUCUUCACAUUUACAGGCAAUCCAAAAGCCGCAAUGA